UCCGCGCUCCUGGGGGCGGCGGCCUCACCCCACGGCCCCUGCCCUGCCCUGCCCUGCCGGGCCCCCGCCGUGGGUCGGCGCUGGGCUGGUGGCGGCGGGGCCUGCAGCUCAGAGGGGCCUGUCGGCCUUGGGAGCGACGACGACAUCAGCCACCGUGCCGCUGGGCGGGGAAGCGGGUGCCUUCAUGAAUAACUUAAAUGACCCUCCCAACUGGAACAUCUUGCCAAAUCAACGAGAGCCCGGGGAUGAAGGCAGCAGAUGGAACUACGCCUUGCUGGUCCCCAUGCUGGGCUUGGCCGCCUUCCGUUGGAUCUGGACCAGAGAAUGUCAAAAAGAAAUAGAAAGAGAAAAAAAAGAAUAUUAUAAAAAACAGUCAUCUUUACAAAAAGAUCUGGAAGCCAAAUACCGGGAUAUCAUAACAGAAAAUCGUCGCACGGUUGCUCAUUUGGAGUUGGAGCUUGAAAAGGAACGCAACAGAACCCUGAGCUACCGGGAGGCCCUCGUGUCCCAGAGUCGCAAACUAGUAGAAGAAAGAAGGUUCCUAGAGCAGGAGCGGGAGAAGUUAGAGCGAGAAAAGCAAGUCCUUUUGCACUCGGGAGCAGCAGGUAACUUGUACCAAAGUUGUCUGGCAAAGGAAGAAGAGUGGCAAAAGAGAGCCAAUAUUUUGCUGAAAGAAUUUGAAGAGGGACUUAAAGAAAGACAGGACAUCUACUGCAGUCUUGUUGUACCCAGAAUCCAGAGACUAGAAAUAGAGAAAAAUCUGCUAGUUAAAGCAGCAACUGAUCCUGUUGCUAUAGCUCUACACAUGGAAAGUGGCUUAAAAGAUAUUUUCAAACAUGAUAACUACUGUGGCAAUGUGCUGAACAGAAACAAAAGUCAAAAUGGAAAACUUAUGUGGCUGUAUCUGAAAUAUUGGGAACUAUCUAUUGAACUACAGAAGUUCAAGAGGGCAGAAAAGGCCAUGUUAGGAAAACGCUAAGUAGGAAAGUAAUGGAAUUUCACAAAAUCCACUGUGCAUAGUAGGAACAAUCACAGUUGUAGUCUGAAGCUGUUAAAUUCUCCUACUGUGUUUCCAUUUCUCCUCCACUUUGCACUUGUAUUUGCAUGGGACUUGUGCAGCCUUUCCUUUCACUGUCUCAAAACAGAUGCUCCGCUGAGCUAUGCAUGCUCUUUAACUCUGUGAGUGCAUUUGUAUUGCAGACUGCAACAUAGUCUAGAGGUAUGCCAGCUUCCAUAGGUAUCAGAAGAAGCAAAAGAGAACUCCUUUUAGAGUGAUUUAUGUAGUUGAUGGUUACAGUUCAUCAACAGAGAAGUGUGAUCUGUCUCCUCCAAGUGGGGUAUCCCGUUUUGUUCCUUAUUGCUGAGGUUUGUUUUACUUGGUGUCUCAAUGCUAUGCAUUUUUUGUUUUAAUUUGUGUUAUUUUUGUUUAAGUGAGACUGAUUUUGAGGCAGAUGUUUGGAAGAGACUGUUUGAGCAAGGUGCUUGUCACAUAAAUCCACUUUAUGUAAAUAUAUGCAUGUGUGAAUGUAUGUGUGUGUGUGGAUAGAUGUAUGUAUUAGUAUUCUAAGGGGGGAAAUAGUACGAUCAUGUCUCAAAUUAAUCAGUCAUGUAUUGUCUUCCAGCUUUAUAUACAAAUAGUAUUUUACAAAGGAAAAUCCCAAAUGUGCUAAUUAACACAUAAAUAAACAGAUUGAUGAACAUUUAAUUGGAUAUAGGAAUCCAUGCUUUGAUACCCAUUGAGAUAUGUUAGGAAUACUUAUGUUUUUUUCUUAGUCAAGGUUUUAGUUGUAAACAAACAGUGUGCCUCCUUUAUAGGUGUCACCGUGCUGCUGCCUCACCAUCCCAGCACACUGGCUUCUACUUGGUUAGCUUGAGGGAGCUUUCGUGGGUUACUGCCGUUACACCUGGCUCUCUUCCUUGGGCAGGUCCUGUUUGUUAUUCACAGAGAGGAACCUAAACCAGCCUGCACUAGUAGCCACUGCCUCCCUCCCUCACGGUUGCAGUUCUCCCAGAACUGAAGUGUGCUUUUCCACAGUUCUUGCUUUUCGAACUUAUGCUUCACCACUUCAUGUACAUGUGACCAGUGAAACGUACAGAUACACCAGCUUUUCAAACUUUGAAGAAAGAUGUCUUUUUACUUCUGCUACCACAGUCAAAUAAACAGAUCUAGACAGUAAUCAUAAAUAAAAAAAUUACCCCAGUGCAUUUCCAUGCCCAAAAUCAAUUAAAACUUUUGAGUAUUCUUUGGGUCCCGGUAGCAGUAGGAACCACCUGGUUUUUCAAAGGUGGCAUAUAUUUUGGAGAAUAACUUUUUUCUUCCUUCUUUCUAAUCCAGCCGUAGACCUCCAAGGGGCAGCAUUUGCCCUUUUGUUUAUAACAUCUGGUCUUCUCUGUUACGUGAAUUUAAUUAACGUUGCUAGGUUGUCAGUUUAAUUAGCAAUUCUGUAUGUACUGAGGGCUAUACUUGACAAACAAGUUUGCUCUAGGCAAUCAGAAGCAAUCCAGCUAAGCAACGGCCCAUCCCAAGUUUUGACAGAGAACUCUGGCAGAUUUGAGGUUUUCUCUUACUAUUUCAUUCUGGUUUAAUUUCAGUGUGGGCACAGAAGGCAGCUGAUAAACCUUUUGAAGUAGUGUGUGCAACCCAAUCCAGCUACUCAGAAAAAAUACCUAACAUGAAACAAAAUCCUUAAACAGGAUGUUUCCCAGCUACUCAGUUUUUCAGUUGUGAUUUUGCUCUCGUCAGUAUAAUACAAAUUUUACUGUUGUAUUAUUUAUUAGUAUCUUAUGUACUGAUAGUUUUAACUUUUGUAAAUAAAGUUAUAGUAGACACAAACCUCGGGGGGGAAAAAAAGAGUGAUACUAUCACAAACAUCAGAAAGGCCAACAUUUGUCUGGGUGCCAAGGGUAUGCAUGUUGGGAGAUGAGAAUGCAAUUGAGUUAUUACUUGUGUGUGACAGCCUGAGUCAAGCUUCUGUAGCUGGCCAUAUGCACAUGCCAUAAUUGCCCAGCUGAAAAAAUCAGUUUGAACAACUAAUUAAUCUGUGUGUAAUUCAUCCAGGAUGUUAAAGGUGUCUAACCACACAGCUGUGGUGCAUUUCAUGGGUACGUACAGGCAGUUAAGCAACUCAGCUGACAAAGAGUAGCCGGUCAACCAAUGCCAAUGUAUUUAACUCAUGCCUUGACUGUUGAUAUUCAUUAGUUCUCAAUAUUAAAGAUAAAACAUUUCAGGCUUUUCAGUUUCUUCACAGUUUGUCACUGACAUCACUGAAAAUCUUUAAAGAAAAGGUCAUCAAGAUGGUAAAAUAUUUUUCAGUAUAAGUACAUAAGUUGAAGCAUUAUAUGCUCGAUUGUACAGGGUUGGAUGCAAUAUAAUAAAUGUUUGAUACUCACUUUCACUUCUUUAGAAGUAUCAGCUAUUUGUACUACUAAUUAUUGAACUAUUGUUCAUGGACACUUUGCGGAUCGGUGCAUUAAGACUGAAGAGUUAUUUGAGGAGAAUUUUUUAAAGUGUGUAACUGGUUUAGAAGCAUUGGUCCUGUUAGUUUCUACCAAAACUCGUGUUUGUGGGUGUGUUACAUAUUUUUAAAAUGUUCUCCCUUCAUAGGUUGUUAUGUUGAACUUUCUAUUGUGAGCUUAAUCUUGCCCAACAACUAUUGUUCUGGAUUGGUUAUUUGUUUGGAAAUGCCUAUAAAUACGUAGAACGCAAAAAUAAUUUGUUUUCCAAAUAUUUAAUGAACUUUUUGUUAUGAAAAUGGUCUCUCACCUAUUAAACAAUAUCAACUAAUAAGAACUCUUAAA